GCGCGCGCGCGCGCGCGUGUGUGUGUGUGUGUAUGUGUGUGUUUGCGUACGUGCGUGCGUGUGUGUGUGUGUGUUGUGUGUUUUCGACCGCGUAUCCUUGUGCGUCCGACGGAAACGUCGUUUUUAUCGCCUCUUAUCGUGUCGUUGUGCGCGUAUGCGAGUUUUGUUUUUUCGCGUGUGAGAACAAUGGAACGCAGUGUUUGACCGUCGCCUGCCGUACGACCAACGUUCCCCGUACUCGUUUUUUUUUUUUUUUGGUCUGCUGACAAUUCGACGGUCCGACGUGCACGACCUGUUACACGUAAACCGAUAUUGUGCGCGGACGAAACUACAGGCGUCUCUCAUUUAUCGUCACCUCCGGUGUUGUUCGCUGCCGCUGCCGUCUGGUUCAGUUCCAUCAACAUUUGGCUCCCACCUUUAUUGCGCGUGAGUACGACUGCUGCCUAUCAGUACGUAGAAAUCGUCAUCAUCAUUGUAUUACUAUUACCUAUCAUCGCCAUGUUUGUUUUUUUUUUUUUUUAUCAUCGUCGCUCAUCGUCUAUUUCGUUGGUUUACAGAGCUCUACAAAGUACUUGAUAUAAUAUUAUUGGACCCAAAAUGUCGUCUUCGCAAUAUUCGUACAUAUUCAAGUACAUCAUAGUCGGAGACAUGGGUGUUGGUAAAUCCUGUUUAUUGCAUCAGUUCACCGAGCAAAAAUGUUAGUAUCCAGAAUUUAAAAAGUGGAUACUGUACCUACGCUCUGUACAUACUGGAUAAUUUAGAAUUUGGUGUUUAUUUUUUAUUAUUUUUUUUAUAGUUACCGCCGAUUGCCCGCAUACAAUUGGCGUAGAAUUUGGAACUAGAAUCAUCGAAGUAUCCGGGAAAAAAAUCAAACUUCAGAUUUGGGAUACAGCUGGACAAGAGCGAUUCCGAGCUGUGACGAGGUUGAGCAUAUUACUUACCUAUCAGUUUUUGUGUGGGGAUUUAAAAUAAAUCAUUAUCUAGGUCAUACUAUCGCGGAGCAGCUGGAGCAUUGAUGGUGUACGACAUAACGAGACGCUCAUCUUAUAACCAUUUGAGUAGUUGGUUGUCUGAUACUCGUAACCUUACAAACCCAGGAACGGUAAGAUUUUCACCUUAAUUUAACAUCAUAAUUAUUUAAGCGUUAUGUACAAAAUUAAUGUCAAAAAGUGUCAUAAUUAUUGGAAUAUAUUUAGUUUCAAGUUUCAUCUUUUAUGUUUGCAUCUGGCGAUUACUGUAUUCUAGGUUUGCUAUAAUUUCAUAAACCAAAUCCUGGACAAAUAGAAAAAAUUUCAAAUAAAAUUAAACUAAAAAUAUGAUUGGAUCACAUAAGAUAACUAUAUAAUUUAUAUGUAUUAAAAAAAACAACGAUUUAUUAUCUUAUAAACUAAAACAAUACAACAAAUAUUGUAUUUAUUUUUUUAUUAAUUAUAAAUUUAUUAUUUAAAGAACAUAUUAAUUUUUUUUGUUUAAUAACUUCUAAAAUAUUGUUACAAAACAUGCAAGUAAUAACUAAUUUGGAGACUAGGUAUGUAACGUUUUAUCCACAAAUAUAUAAAAGAGUUAUGUAUCUGUGGUUUUAUCAUCAUUAUUUUUAUCCCCUAUUCGUUAAAAAUCUUAUUGUUAUCUCUCGAUUACAGUUAUUUUUUUACUUAUAUUAGGCAGGUAUUCAGUUAAUACAGUAAGUUAUACAGUGGUACAUUUGAAAGGUUAAAGGCAUUCUCAUUUGCUAAACGCAUCAUAUGAUGGCUAGGGUGUUAAUGACCAUAGUUUGUGUGAUGGUGUAUGGAGAGGACCAUAGAAAGAAAUCAUAAAAGCAAAUGUUCAUUAAGCUAUUGAGCUUUAUUGAGCUAUAAAACUUAGGUGAAUUAGUUGAACAAUUGAUAAGUUUGCUGAGAAAUUGAUAAUUGGCUAACACAGUUCAGUUGGAUUAACUACAAAGUGAUGUAAGAAGACAAUAAUUAUGUGAGUGAUGCUCAAUUUUAAGAGUGAAGAAAAUAAAACUUUGAAAUUUACACCGAACUCUUUCUUUCAAGUUGAAAUAAGCCUGAUAUUGUGUAUUUUAUAUUUUAACUAACAUCUGUAUGGUAUGUUCUAAAAUAUGAAAGCGCCAGAGUGUAUUUGUAUAAAAUUAUUUAACUUACUAAUCUAUUUCUUGUUGCUUUUAUCCAAUAAUAAAUAAUAUCUAUCAUAAAUUAUAAUUACGAGGCUUUUCCCAAAAAUAAAGUCUCCAUAAUUAUAAAAAAUCAAAAAAGAGUAUUUUAUUAAACUUUUUUUUAAAUUUUAUCAAGUAUUUAUAGUCUGUUUCACAAGAGAAUGGGCUGCUUGUGCGCAUGUUUUCCCCCUUCACAUAACUUGAUUUCAGCAAAGGCAGCCGAUUGUCAUUUCUUCCAUCGUCAGUUUUUGACUAUACACAGCUAGGAUAUUUUGUAGAAAUUCAAUUGUUAUUAUUAUCGCGCAUCGCACAUUUAUUUACCUUUGCUGUUUUAUAAUCUCUUGAUAAUUUUUCAAAUCGUAAACUAUCGUAUAUACAAGCACCUUCUAUAAUAAUACAGACUUUGUUAUUUUUGUAUACAUAUUUAUUUAUUUAAUAUCUUAUUGAACACUGUAUGUAUAAUACAAAACAUAAUACACUGACUCGCCAUCAUUCAUUUUAAAAUAAUUAAAAAAAUGGAGAAAAAAGUAAAAAUUACCAAACGGUACAAAAAAGUAAACGCUGUAAAAAUGACGUGUGCGUACACCACGGUAAUUGGCGAUAAACAGUGGACUAUCGACAGGCAACAGUGCAUUAUUUGAAACGCAGUGUACAAAACCUGUACCACUUCUGAGGUCGCCUGCUGCGCUGUUGAUAGAUCCGGGAGGGGAUAAAUGGAUAGUGUUGCGGCGUGAGGAUGCGCAGUAGCGCUUCGAUUUGGUCGGAGAGCGGCCCGUUCUCUCUAUAGACCAGAUAUAUACACUAUGUUUCGAUAUAAUCAUUCAUAUCAAAGCACUUUUGAAGAAUGUUCCAACUAAACUUAUCCAAAAUUGAUUUUGUGUCACAUGCCAUUGUUAUACAAAAGACACAUUCCCUUCGUUAACAUUUCAAGUCUUCAGUGUAUUAUUACUUGAUGCAAUUUUUUUAUCGUUAGAUAAUAUGAGGCCGAAUUAAUGGUGAUCCUAGUUGGCAUAAAUUUGAUGAAACGACCUCUUUCCUGUCUCAGAAGACAGUUACCAUAAUUUUUCUGACAGAUCACUUAAAUUUCUUUUUUUUUGAGAGGAAAAUAAAUGCAUCCACUCCAUAAACUAUUGUUUUAACUAGUAUAACCCACAUUUCAUCCUCUGUCACUAUUGAGUCCGAAUAUCCUUCUUUGGUGUACAACUCCUAAACUUAGUGGGAAGUUUCAAUACAUGAAGGCUGAUCUUCUCAUCUUGUUCGCGUAUCAUGAAGGUACUAAAUGUCUGAUUCGACCAGUUCAAAUUUUUUUAGAAAGAAGAAACUAAUUUUCACAGUAGUGGUAGCAACUUAGAAAAAGUAAAAUUACCCUUGGCUGCUGGGAACUUGGUAACCUUACUUUUAAGACAAUCCUGGUACAAAAAAAAAAAAAUUAAAUUUGAUUUUAAUUAGGUUUUUAUAAUACUUGUAGGUAUAUUAUAUCAAUAACUUGUUAGGAUUUUUAAAUUAAUGUCAAAUAAAAUAAUAUUGACUAAAAAAAAAUAUUUUAAAAGCCAUAUUCCUUGUAUGAUUAAGCAUAUUUUAGUGUUAAGCAAUGAAACGAUUAAUUAUUAUUUUUUUAUAUUAUGUUAUAUUUUUAGGUGAUAUAUUUGAUUGGAAACAAGCUUGAUAUGGAAAGCAACCGAGAUGUGUCCUAUGAAGAAGCUAAACAAUUUGCUGAUGAAAAUGGAUUAAUGUUUUUGGAAGCAAGUGCUAAAACGUAAUAAUUUAUGAUUAAUAAAUACAAUUAAGUACUUACUUAGUAUUAUUAUUUAAUAAUGAUAAUAUCAUUUUUAGGGGAGAAUAUGUCGAAGAUGCUUUUUUGAAGACAGCUCAGAUAAUUUAUGAAUGCAUACAAGAUGGAAGGUAUGCUAAGCAUGCUUAACACAAGUUUAUUUAAAUAUUAUUUAUAUAUUUAUGUAUAUACAGGGUGUUUUUUUUUUAUCAUGAACAGGCAAUUUUCUCUGGAAUUAAAUUAAAUUAAUUAUUAUUUUUCUUAAUACUGUAGAAUCGGUUAAUCUUUAUUUUAAAAUCAUUUUUAAUUUUUUACACCUACUUCAUAUACUUUCAAUAAGUAUUUACUUUUGUUUUUCAAAUAAAAACCCCUCCUUUUUGAAUACAGAUUUGAAUAGAGAAAAGUUUUCUAGAAAUUUUUAUAUGCAUUACACUAAUACAGAUUUAUUGGUUAUAAGUUUUUAUAACCAUUUAAAUUUUAGAUUGGAAAAAGAGUAAGAAAGAGUUAUCAAUUUAUUAUUUAUAAUUAAAUAUGCUAUUCAUUAAACUUUUCUACUUAUUUUAAAAUAAAGUUUACAUAAUGUAAAAAAAAAAAAAAAAAAAAACAUUCACUUAAAAUCGUGAGAAAAUUGCUGUUCAAUGAUUAAAAAACCACUCUCUAUAUAAACUUAAUUAGGGAAUGAUGGACUCUGAACUCACUUAUAGACUGGUUCUUAACCAAUGAGUUAUUAAAGGAGCAUACAACACAUACAUACCUACAGCAUACAAUUAUUAUAAUUAUGACUAUAAGAAAUGAUUUGGUAAAAAUUAAAAAAAGGUUUUACUUAUACUAAGAGAUAUAAAGACAUUUAAAAUAGCCGUGUGAUGUCAUUGGGCCCAGUUCAUUAUAACUGCCUAUCUUAUACAUAUAAUGUUCCUUGCUUCACACAAUGAUUUGCCAAUCUAAAAUUGUAUUUUUGAAAUUUAAUUUAUAUAUAAAUGUAUGUUUUUAUGGGUUUAAGACAAUAGAAGUAUCGAAAUUCAAUAUAAUAUUUAGUAUUUUAAAAAUUCAAAAUCUUAAGAGAUGAUCAUGACUGAAUGUUCCUAAUCAGGAUAUGUGUCCAAUCAAAUUUCGAAAAUGAAUAAAUAUUGUUAUAUAUAUACCAGGUAAUUUAUUUAAGUUGAUACAUUCAUUAUCUUGGAAAGUAUUAACCUUUUCCAGAAUUAGUUUUCUAGAACAUUUAAAAAACAAGCUGAUCUAAAAUUUUAUAUCUAUGUUAUUUUUGUCACCCUUACUUUAAGGAUAAACCCACUAUUUACUUCUGAUUUUCAAAUUUAAACUUAUAUUCAAUCAAAAAUGAAGUUCAUACAAUUUAUAUGGGCACAUUUUGAUAUAAAUAAAAAAGUAAGAACUUUGUAAGUUUCAAGAGAAGUUCAUAAAAUAUAAAAAUCCACCUUCAAUUUGUCUACAUUCAUAAAAUUUCAUGCACCCAAAUAUUAUUUGUUCUUUUUGUUGUCAUUUUGUUAUUAUUUCCUUAUUCUGACCAUCAGAAAAAAAAAUGCUAUCAAGGACAAGUAUUUACACACAAUUUUUAAAUCACAUUGAGAUGACAUUUCUUGUAAGUUGUCUGUACAUUGGUUUUAUCAAUUACGACUUGUCUUGUCUACAAAUUGUAAAAUGUGAAUAGUCGCUAAAAAAUUUUGGUUAGGUCCAGUGCAGGUUUGCAAGCAUGUUAGUUCAGUAUGAAUCAUCAUUAGAUCUUGAUUAUAUUCCAAAUAUUUUUUUUUCAGUAUUUCCUUUUUAGAACAUUUAAGAAAUUAUUAGCUCAAAAAUGUUAAAUUACUCACUUUUUCACUCUCUAAAAUGAUAGAUAUUCUGGAAUAUUCCCUCAACAGGUUAACAAAGAAUAAAAAUAUCAACACCUAAAAUGAUUUAAACUAAAACUAUACAAUUGGUAUUACCCUUUAAUAAGAGUGACAUAUAAAAGAAAGGAAAUAGAACAUUUUAAAGCAACUUAUUUCUUAAAUAUUCUAAAAAACAAAUUCCGAGAAAGAUAACAUUCCAAGAUAAUGUAAUGAGUUUCUUACAUUAUGUUGAUCAUCCUGUAUAUAUGUAUAAAUACAAAUAUAAAUGUAUACAUUUAUGAUUUUAACUAUUACUUAUCCAUUAAAGUAGUCUUUAAAAUACACUAAAAUAAGCACUAUUAAAUAAUGUAUUAUGAAAAGUAAUUAUGUAUAAACAUUUUCACUAAAUUUUAAGUUUGUUUGAAACAUUUUUUUUUGUAAGUAUCUUUUAAAAGUAUGAAAUGCAUUUAAAUAUAUUAUGUAUUUGCGGGACUAUUUCAUUGGGUAAAAGGUGCUUGUUUGAUGAUUCAAAUAAAAAUUACUGUACAUACAUUUUGUACUAACAAAUGUUUGUAUAAAGAAAAACAACUUUCAAUAUUUAUUAAUGUAAUAGGAAUGUACCUCAUAAAACUUAUGUAUUGUUGAAGCUGAGCUUAUUUAGAAGAUGAAUUUUUGAUUUUGUUCCAUAAAGAUUUUAUGAAGUAUACACAUCAUAUAUAAACUAGUAUUUUUUUAAAUAUAUCUAAAUUUUUUUUUGUAUUUUAACUGAAAGCCUUUUCUUUGUAAUUUUUUAUUUGUUGAAUUCGAUUUUAAAGACUUUUCACAAUUAUAAUUGAUUAUGUUGCCAGUUGGAUAACCUGAUGAUUCUAAAUGAAUGAUACAUUCUGGUAGUAUUUUAAAAUUUGAUUUUAGGUUAGCUAAAUUGCACAUAAAAUUCUGAUUGGCCAUUAAAUAAUUUUUAUUUGUAAAUUUUGAUUCAUAUUAAGUAUAUUCUUAUAAUUUAAAUAUCUCAUCUAAAGGAUAUCACAGUGGAUCUGCCAUCUGAAAUAACUUUAGUUCUGCUAAAUGUUUUUAAGUUUUAUUACAAGUGUAUUUUGGAUAUUAACCUAGUUAAAUUCAUUAUCAGUUAUGGUUAAAUAGAUUUGUUUAUGGUUUUUCCAAAUAAUAUGAAUUGAAAUUAAAAAGGAACUGACUAGAUAUAUUUAAUCAUUACUUUAUUUAUCAAUAACCAAACAGCAUAAUUGUAUAUUUUAUUUGGUAAUAUUAUUUCAGCAACCUAUAAUCAAAAGUGACAAAAAUCAAUUUGUUUAUAAAAUACAGUAACCCGGUUACAUUUAGUUAUUUGCCAAAAUACCCAUUCUGUUUCUUGUAAUAAUUACUAGCUCUAUAAUUUGUCUAUUUUAAUUUAGUAUACAUUUAUCUUUAUUGUUUAUAAAUAUAUUUUGAAAUAAUUUUGUAUUGUUUCAAUUGAUUUUGUUGCCUCCACUAAUUAGUAUCCAAUCCCUCAGCCAAUUUGUCCAUUAAAGAUAAUUUUAUUAAUGAUUUUUGUUAACUUCAAGAGUAAUAGAAAUUCAACAAUUCAUUAUUAUUAAGUAUAUUUGGUAAAAAUUUUAAUUUCUAAUUUUUAGUUUUUUAAGAAAAUAAAAAUUCGAGCAAUCUUAGACUAAGGCAUUUGUAAUUACUACAAGAAAAAAAAAUUAAAAAUAUUGAACAGAACAAGUUAUUUUUAGUAUCAGAUAAAAGUGUGUAUAGUUUGUGUAAACUAAAAUGCAUACAUUCAUGUAAAAAUAUAUACAAAUAGAGUAAAAUUAAAUAAAAACUUAAAAAUAAAUUCAUAAUAAAAGUUUCAAAACUGAAUUUGUUAAUACUUGAUGUUGACAAAGCUAUACAUUCAACUUUUCAGGAUUUUAAUGAACGAGAAAAUGAAAAAAAGUGAAACAAAAUAAUUUAGAAUUAGAAGAAUGAGAAAAAUAUGACAGAAAACAAAAUGUUUAGUUAUCUAAAUGUCAUCAUUAUUAUGAAUUCUAGACUAUUAUUUUUAUAUUUUAAUAAAUUAUUCUUUAGCACAUUAAAACUAAUUUGUUUCAAUAUUGAAUUAAUAAGUACAAUUUUAAUUCCUGUAAAUUACUUGUUAAUAUUAUAGAGUAAGAUAAUGUAUAAUAAAUAUUUUUAAUAAUUGUGAUUGGUAUUUUAGGCUGGAUUUGAAUGCUGCAGAUUCUGGAGUUCAGCAAAAAAUUCUUCAGUGUGAAACUAAUCCCAAUGUGGAAAAAGAUAAAUCGUGUAUGCAGUGCUAAGGUAAAGGAGAAAUAUUCUUCAGACUGUUGUACAACAUUGGUGCAUAGUUUUAGACAGAUUUUAAUUUUUUUUUUUUUUUUUUUUUUCAGUGAUUUAUUGUUGAUUGGGAUCUUUUAACCUUAUAUUAUAUUAUUUAUAUUAUUAUGUGCUACUUUUUCUGUCUUAUAUUAUAAUCAUUUUCGUAACAUUCUUUAUUAGUAAUUAUUCUAUUUUAUCAGUUUAAUUUAUAUAUAAUUGAAUUGUACACAAAGACACACUCACUCAUAAUUAUAUAUAUAUAUAUAUAUAUAUAUAUAUAUAUAUUUAUUUAUUUAAUUUAUUAAUUGUGUUUUAAAAUUUAUAUUUAAUUUUUAUAAUUAUGAUUAAUUUCUCAAUUAAAAGUAAAUAUUUUUGAAAAUAUUUUUAAUUAAACUGUAUUCAGUGCAUACAAUUUAUUUGAUAUAAACAUAUAUAUAUAUAUAUAUAAAAUGUAUGGUUAUUGUAUAAGUAUUUUAUUUACCAUUUUCACCAAAAUAUUGUUUACUAAAUCAAAUUAUAUACAAAAUUCUAUAAUGUCUUUUAAUUAAGUUGAGGUGGUAUUUAUUUUGGAUAAUCUUUUAUCAUACUAUUGUAAAUAAAGUUUCUUCAACACCAAUUGUAGAUGCAUUGUAGUUUUUCAUUAAUAAGGAUUAAAAAAAAAGUAUAUAUAUUUAUAUAAUUCAAUAUACAUCAUUGCUUGAAAAUAACUUAAAUUAUAUUAUACAAAAUUAGCUUAGUUUUUAUGUGAAAAACCUUAACCUAUAUUAUGGAUUUCUGAUAAAUAAUAAGUUCCUAGUACACUUCAUUUGAUUGAAUAUAUUAGUAAUAAGGAAUUUAUAUUAUCUUUAUCUUACAUCACAGUGUGUCUAGAAAUCAUGUAAUGUAUAAUCAUUUUUAG